GACUUUCUUCGAUGGCCGUUUGACUGGUAGCUUUUUAAAACUCUCCUCCCUCGCUCCAUACUUCUUCCCUCUGUCUCGCCAGAAUCCCUAAUCAUCCUACACUCUAUGGACCAUGGAAACCAUUGCAGAUCCCUCAUCAGAUAUCCCAGUCAACGGUCUAGAUUCUUCAAUCAUUCCACUAAACUCCGAUCAUGAUCUCCUAGCCGAGUUGGAAUCUCUCCGCGAAUCCUACCAUGCUCUCCAAUCAAAAUCUUCGUCCAUGGAGGAGAAUCUGGGUCUCCUCCAGCACCAAAGAGACGAAGCAAUUAGUGAAAGCACGAAGUUAAUGGGAAAAGUCCACGAGUUGUCCCUCGAGCGAGACUUUCUUCGCCAUCAAAUCGAGGAAUUCGAAGUCACUUUAAAAGAAAACGAAGAAGAGUUCGCGAAAAAGAUUGACGAGGAAUCAAAAGCAAAACUAGAACUCGAGAAAGAGCUGGAAGUUUCCGGAGGAAGAAUCGAACAGUUACAAUCCGAAAUGAAAGUCAGAAACGAGGUGUUUGCGAAAAACUUGGACUCAAUCCGGUCGGUGAAGGACAAUCUGGUCAAACUCAUCGAAAUUUUAAACGAUGAAAAGGAAGUGAUCGAGAAUUUUGAUAGUGAAAGCGAGAAAUUGGAAUUAGAAGAGGAAGAAAUGACGAUUUUUUCGAGAGAAAUUACCACGGUUUUGAAACUUGCCAGUGAAGCUAACUCGAAAGUAAACGAGUACACGGAAGGAAGAAAAAAGGAGAAGAGAGAAUUGGAGAACAGCGUGGUGAGUUUAACGGAGGAGAAUCGCGAUAUCAAUAGCUUGUUAAGGGUUGCUUUGGUGGAGAAAGAGGCAGUGGAGAAGAGUUUGAACAAGUUAAAAGGGAACAAUGAGCAGAAAAGAGUGGCAUUGCUGCAGAUUGCGGAAAGGGGAUUGCAGAGAGUCGGGUUCGGGUUUAUGAUGGGAAGUGGAAGUAAUGAGCAAGCUCUAGAGAGCUCAGGGGCUAGUACUACUACAGCUAGUACUACGGGGAGUAAAUCGGAUAGUAGUGAGUGUGAAGAGGAGGUUGUUAGUCUGGCCUCAACAGUGGAGAGAAUAAUGAAGAAUUUAAGACUUGAAAUUUCUCAAUUACGAAGAUCUUUGGAAGAAUCUAGGUCAGAUACUGAGCGACUACAGAGUCUUACCGAGAAACAAGCUCAAAAACUUGAAGAAAACACACUGUACAUUAAGGAAUUGGAAGAGAGGGAGAGGGUUUUAGCUCAAAGUGCAGAGGAACUCCUGAUGGAAAUAAAAGAAACUGAAGCAGAGGUUGCUAGAUGGAGGGAAGCUUGUGAGUUGGAAGUGGAAGCUGGAAAAAAGGAAGUUGAAGAACGUGACAAAGUGGUUGUCAUAUUGAAGCAAGAGUUGGAGAAAACAAAGGCAGCUCUCGAAAUAUCCAAUGGCAAGUUAAAGCUGAAAGAAGAACUUGCAGCUGCUGCAAUGGCUGCCCAGGCAGCUGCAGAGAGGUCUCUGCAGCUAGCUGACAGCAGAGCCGCAGGACUUCGUGAUCGGAUUGAGGAGUUAACGAAACAAUUAGAAGAAGCAGAGAGCAAAGAGAGGAGUCGACGUAAGGUGAGGCACAUAUGUUGGCCAUGGAGAGCCCUGAAAAUGAAUAUCACUAACAACACAAAUAAUAGAGUUCAGGAUGUAAAACGCAUGCUACCGGAAAUGCAGGCCUUGCUUCAUCAUACCAUGUGAUGUAGAUAUUAUAUCAUACUCUUCUCUCCAAGUCAGCUGAUUUAUUUCAAAUCUUUUUUACCCAUGUAAUCAUAAUUCAGUGCUGGGGUUGAUUUCCCUUUUUUA